CCCAGCCAAGACGAAAAUAACCUUCUGUCUCCGUAAGAGGAGGAUAUACGAAGACCCUUGGUUUCAAUCUCCCUUCUUCUGUAUCUGCGGCCAUCGAACCCCACCUUUCUAUUCCAUCCUAAACUGCGGAGCAUCCUUCCUUUGUUGGGAUUUGGCGUAGAUCGAGCUCCAGGUAUUUUGUCUUAGGUUGGUUGCAACAUGGGUGAAUUUUCAAUCCAAAUUAGCACCAACCUUAUCAACCGACUAGCUGAAGAUGAUGAGAAGCUGAAGAAAAGAACAAAGAAAUCUAAAACCAAGGUGCCAAGGGAGCCUCAACGACCACAAACUAAGGUAGAUCAGAAGCAAAUAUCCGAUGAUUCUGAAAAACGGGAAGGGACUACAGGCACAGGAUGGCCAGUUCAGCCUCCCUUAUUUCUGCCUGUAAACCAACCUCCUUACUCUGCAAGUGCAGAGUUAGAUGCAAUUCUAUCUGUUGUUAAAGAGAGUGAGAAUGUUGUAGAAAAAUUGCGGAAACAGGAAGAGAAAAUGGUGCAGGAAGUGACACAAAAAGCUAAAGAUCUCCAUGAUAAAGAAUUCAAGAUUCCAGAACCAAAGCCUAUGCCAUGUUUGGUUGAGAAUAAUGCUUGGAUGGCAUGCUACAAGGAGAAUGCUAAUGACCUUACUAAAUGUGCCCCUCUGGCACAAAAUUUUGCAGACUGUGCUCGCAGAGUUAGGCAGCUGGCAAAAUCAGCUGAUAAGUAGACUUUGACAGGGACAAAUUUUCAAGUCAUACAAAGAGUGCAAGCCACUUGCCAGUUUGAGUGAAACUUGAAUUUUGCAAUGCAAAUAACCAGCAGAAAACAAAAACUACUAAAUUGUUUAUCACCCUUAUUGGGUUACAUUUUGUGCCAUUUGGCCUUUGUCUUAAGAUUUUGGUGAGAUGUUCUGCUUCUCUCUAAACUCUUAACUAAUUCAUAUAUUCAAAGUGACAUGAUUUCCACCAUUUGAACUUUGGUGCUUUGACACUAAAAGUUGUUUUCCUUAAUGCCUUAUCCUUUGCAAACAUGAAUUGCAUUGUUCAUUCUGCAUCUGUAAAUCUUAUGGUUUAAUAUUACUAACAUUUUUCUGACUUUUUUUUAUAUGUAUCA